AUGGCGGACCCCUUCUCGAACCGCCUCCCGCGUGACCUGGGUCUCUUUGAUUUUUUUCGCAGCCGUACAAUGUCCAUAGGAAAUCGUACUUCGCAUCCUGCCUCUUCAACGUCCUCGAGGGCAUCUACAUGGAAUUCCAAGACCACAAGGCACUCGCUCGCAUCGUCCGCGUCGAUGCCACCACCUGCGCCUAUUCCUGCGCCUUCCUCUAGUGAUGCUGAUGCUGCUUUCGCAAGAGAACCAUUACAAUAUUCAGAGACGACGGUAGCUGAAACAAUAAAUUCGUCGUUCGAGCCGCCCCACAACAACGAUCACCUUAGUGACGACGAUGAUGACAGCGACUCUGACGACGACAUUAGUAUGGCCGUUGAUGCUGAAAGCACCGUGGGCAGUGCCAUUAACAAAUACGAAGUUGUGCGUGAGCUGGGUCGAGGGGCUACAGCCACUGUGCAGCUUGGCCGCUUGCGCGGUGGAGACGAGCUUGUGGCGCUUAAGGUUUUUAAGACUUCGCUGCUUAGAAAAAUGCGCGAGGUGAAGCGCGUUGGGCGACGCAUGGUCGUGUCAACGGCACUGGAUAAAGUGCAGGUGGAAAUUGCGAUAAUGAAAAAAUUGCAUCACCCAAAUUUGCUGAAUCUGCUGGAAGUGUUUGACGAUGACUCGGAUACGCUCGUGCUGAUGCUCGAGUACGCGCCCUCGGGUCAAGUGAUGCAAUGGUUCCCGGAAGAAAGGGUUUAUAAAAGACUAGGGGCUAACAAGAAGUCUGAUUGCUUUUCCGAAGAAGAUCUGCGUAUAUGUGUCCGGCAACUCCUACUCGGAAUCCAAUACCUGCACGAAAACCAUAUCUGUCACCGCGACUUGAAGCCUGAAAACAUUCUCGUGAGUCAUGAUGGCAAACUCAAGAUUGCUGAUUUUGGUGUUGCGCAUUUUUUCGAAGACAACGACAAAGAAAUGACGGCUAAGGCUGCAAACAAAGCAUCCGAUUUUCCAGCGGAAUUAAACAGAAAGGGCUACGUCUCAUCAACUGCCGGGACAUAUGCUUUUAUGGGCCCAGAAACACUUAAGGGUGCUCCGUACAGUGCAUAUGCUGCGGACAUUUGGGCACUGGGUAUCAGCAUUCAUGCGCUGGCUUUCGGCACAAUACCAUUUUACGAUCCAGAUGUUGUGACCCUUUUUGAGAUGAUUGAAAAGAAUCCGAUAGAUCUUGAGUGCAAUGGAAACGGUUCGCAAGGUCUGGUUGAGCUGCUGUACGGUCUGCUGGAAAAGGACCCCAUAAAGCGCUGGUCAUUGCAAAUGUGCAAGGAGCAUCCGUGGGUACUAGAUGGGCUUUUAGCUGAGGAGAAGCAGAAGUAUGUGGAAACAAGAUACGACGCUGUGGAAAUUAAUCAGGAAGACUUAGCAUGUGCGGUGACUCGUGUGACUUCUUUAAAUGUCAUUCUGCGAGUAAAGCUCGGCGCCAACAAGUGGAAGCGCAAAGCGAUGCGGACGCUUGAAGAUCGGCGAAAAUGUAUACAGGACGGUAGUUUCUGCCUUGAGAAAUCCUCAUCUUUGACAGUGAUCGAUACGAUAAAGUCUGAGUUAAAUAAGCCUGAUGCCUCUCCAAACCUCGAAGAUAACCAGCUUGAGAUUUAG